CGUCGAUUGGUUGGCGCGUUUGUUUGGGGAGACCUUGGAGGCCUGGCUGGUCGCGCGGGGCCAGAACGUUAGAGCCUCCAUGAACAGGUGUUGUCCACCUGUAGCCUCGGUCGUGAGGGGACUCCUCGGCUCCGUUUUUUUCUGCCUGACACGGACUAUGAGCCUCCGUGGAAAUCCGGCUGCCUAUCUGUCGGGGGCCGCGGGCGGCAGCAGCAGCAGCAGCAGCAGCAGCGGAGCGGGCUCUGACGAAGGAGGGAGCGCCUUCUUCCUGCCCUCGACCUCCUCGCCGCGGCCGCGGCUGCUGCGGCUAUCGGAGGUGCCGGGCGACGAGCCCUUCAAAGCCAACGACGCGCUGCUGCACCUGCCCCUUUCCGCCCCCGCGACGGGGCAGGCUCAGCAUCACGUCGUCUACUUCCCGGGGGACGUGCAGAACUAUCAUGAAAUUAUGGCUUGUCAUCCAGAGAACUUCCAGUGGAAACAAUGGUGCUUAGAAAAUGUUGCAAUUAUUCUUGGUCAUCGUUUUCCAGGCAGUUACAUUUGGAUUAUAAAAUGUUCCCGAAUGCAUUUGCACAAGUUCAGCUGCUAUGAUAAUUUUGUGGCAAGCAAUUUAUUUGGAGCACCUGAACAUACUACUGACUUUGGAGCCUUCAGACACCUUCAUGCCCUGCUAGUUAAUGCAUUUAAACUUGCUCAAAAAUUUUUGGUGUCUCAGAAAAACAUGCACGAGUUCAGCGACAAUACAGAGGCAGUUUCUUGUGAAUUACCUACUUUUGCAACUAGUAAUGGUUGCCCAGCAGCAGAGAAACACUGUGAACAUGUUAGCAAUUCUGCUGUGAGCUUUAAUGAGCCUUCUGCUAUUGGUAGAAAUUCAUUCACAUUAAUAGGAUUCAGUAAAGGUUGUGUUGUCUUGAAUCAAUUACUUCAUGAACUGAAAGAAGCAAAAAAGGACAAGGAUAUAGAUGAUUUUAUACAAAAUAUAAAAGCUAUGUACUGGUUGGAUGGCGGUCAUUCUGGAGGAAGUAAUACUUGGGUAACAUACCCUCAUGUGCUGAGAGAGUUUUCACAGACUGGAAUUUCAGUUAAUGCUCAUGUCACACCAUAUCAGGUAUUUGAUACAAUGAGAACAUGGAUUGGAAAAGAGCACAAGAGAUUUGUACAACUUCUUGAGGAAUUUGGUGCAAAUAUAAAUAGCCAACUUCAUUUUGCUGAUGAAGCACCUUCUUUGGAAAAUCACUUCAAAGUGCAUGAAGUAUUUUGAUAUGUUAAUAAUGCCAUUAUACUGUAUCUGCAAAAUAGAUCUUAAACUUCAAGUUUAAUUUGUGUUUUGUUAACACUUGGAAGAGGAAAUAUUGUAUAUGACUUCUAAGAUGAAUUUGAUGUGUCUACUGCUUGUAACUGAAGUCACCAGAAAGUUAGUUUUUGAUCUGAACAAGGCAAUGAUGAGAAAAACCAAUUUAAGAGCAAAAAGAAAAAAAACCUUACUUCAGAUUAAUGUUAUAGGAAAGAUUUGUCUAGAAUUAUAAUGAGCAAAACUUUCAAGCAUAGGUAUAAAAACAUCACUUUCAAAUUCUUCUAAAUUGAUGAAAUUUAUGUUUUGUUUUUGAAUAAAAUCCUGUUAUUUAGAUGGGAUAAUUAUUAGAAUAGCAAAGCUACUCUAAACAUUUAGUACUUUAGCACAAGCAAUGCAGUAAAUUGAUUAUUUUGACAGUAUUUAUCUUCAUUGCAAUAAGUAUAUAUUAACCUUGGGAAUAAGGUGAAUAACUACUGUACUGUUGUGCCAGAGAGAUGCCCUGCAAUUUCUAACCAUUGCAAGCAUCUACAGAUGUUGUAUUUUUUUUUUCAGGGGCGGGCACUGGAAGAGAAUUGAACAACUUUGUGUGUGAGACCAAAAAUGUACACUCUCACGUGGUUCAACAUUCCAUAUUAAUGAUGAAAGCUUAACGCUCAAUAUAGUGUUGAGCUUUUGUAACUUGAGACUGUUAGAAUUUUUACAACUGUAAUUAUUACUUUGCUGAAUAUAAGCCAUGUAAUUAAUUAUAUUAAUACUGUAAGUUUUGCAAAAAUGAUAGUAGCAUAUAGUUAUUAUUUAUAGCACAGGAACAUCAAGCAGCAUUCUCUUAAAAAAUGGCAAUUAUGUGAGAGAAGGAUCACCAGUGUAAAACAUUUUGAUUUUCUGUAGUUAAAAAUUAAAGUAUUAAUCCAUCAGUGCAAUUGAUCAAUACUUUUAUACAUUCUUUGAAAGCUAAUUACUAGAAACCAGAACACUAUCUGAAAAUGGAAUUUGGAGAAUAGAGAAUUCACCUGAAUUUUAAAUGAUUUGUGAAGACAACAGGGUCCCUUAAAACAAUUUCCCAAUCUUUUCAGCUUUGUAGCCCUGAAGAGGGAGGGUGGAUGGUUCUGUGCAGAUGGGGUGUGUGUGCAUGCACUUGCCUGCUGCUUGUGCAAGUGAGGAUGUGCGUGCACACUCUCCCAUCACUUUCUCUUACCCAGUUCUGAACAGCUCAAGGCCUGGUAGUGGGCCAUGGCCCAGGAGUUGGGGACCCCGCCUUAAAACUUGGAUGAACAAAAUAUUGUUGAAAGAUAAGCUAAAAUUAUUGCUAGAAAAAACUUACGUUAAAAGUCAAAGACUAUGUCUAAAUUGUUUUUGCUAUAACAGAAAAGGUUUGAUAAUUUUCAUAGAAUAUCCUCCUAACUACAUUUUUCCAUAUUAUUCCAUUCUGUGUUUUGCAAGAAGGACACCCUUCAAAAGUAACUUUUUAAAAUGGGAUAGAAAGUUAAGGUAGAGGAAUCAAUACAAAUGGAGAUCCUUAUUUGCGAGAGUAAAAACUGCCUGCUUACUAUCUAUUGUAUAAGCCACACAGCUUUUGAACAUGAGUAAGCUAUAAAAUUAUUGUUUGGUUAUAAUCGGUGGAAUUUAAUGAUAUGCUUGUUCCGUGGAAGCCAUUUUUCCUUCUCUGGUGUCGUGAGAGAGCUGUGAGAAUAAGAAAGUUGUGGUUUGUUAGCAGUAGACCUUUAGCAUAGACUUUGAUGCCAUCUCAUACUAUGUAAAGAUGAUGCAAGUUUAUCACCUCAGUAUCAAUGUGAAAUGGCUAUUUGUCCUGAUCCAAUAACUCACUGUGGGUGAAUUUGAGAUAUUAUGUACACUGACCCCUUUUUAUUUAUUACCCUCACUUCAGCAUUUCCAAAGGGAUGUGCGCAUGGAAGAGGGAAAGCUAGGAUGUUAAGUAGGUCAAAUCUCAUGUUGUUGUUUGUGCAGCCAAAAUGCAGGGAUUUUUGCUUUUCAUACCUUCCAAUGAGAUUUUUCCUAUUGUUGCAAUUUGAAAUCUAUUCUGAAGCAAUCUUCUUCGUGUUUUAAAAAUAACAUUCUGGUCAUCUCCAAAUUAGUCAUUUAGUCCUCUCCAAAUUAAAAGUCUACAACCAAAAUAUCCAGCUUUUACUAGACACUAUUCACAUAUUGCUUCACAAUAGAAUUAGAAGAUGCCAGAAGAAUAGGUGAGUCUUACAGUAUUCUGAAGAAAUUAAUUCAGUCUACAAUUAGGAUAUUAUAUCUAUUUACUGAAAUGAUGUCUAGCAGUAAAGUGAGUUCUUCCGUUUCCCAAAUUCACUCUUGAAGAUUGAGAAAGAUUUGGGGCUGAAGAAAGGGAAAUAAUAUAUUGAAUGCCUUCACUACAGCUCAUUAACUUUGUCACAGUGUAAGAUAUACUGAAUUUUCUAUGCCAAUAUUUUCAAUGUGAAAUAUUUACCUUUGAAAGCUGGCUUUAUAAAUUCAUUUUAUGUUUUUCUUACAGUAGAUACUGACAUAAAUUGAACUUUAUUUUUCUGAAUGGAGUUAAGAUACUUUUGUUUCAAUAGAGAAUCAGAAGACAAUUGGACAAAAAA